UUUUAUUCUUCACACUGAUCCAUUUUUGUGAUCAAUCAAAUCAUCGUAAUGGCACAAAAAUCAAUGGGUAUCUCAUUCCGCUUGGCAUCCACUCGCCAGCAUUUGUUUAACAAAGUUGCAACGACCCAACGACUUGCUUCACCAUGGUCUUUGCGCAAUGCUAAUGUAGCGACACAUCAUAUCCAUAACGCCAGAUCAAAUGUCUCCACACCUCCUUCUCCUCCAUCCGGAUCGUCCGGCUUCACAGAGGCUCUAGGGUCUCGGAAACGUGUAAAGGCCAAGAACACUGAUAUGUUGUAUUACACAGCAUCAAUUCUAAUAGGCACUUUGGGGCUUUCAUACGCUGCAGUGCCACUUUAUCGUAUGUUCUGUUCUGCAACUGGCUUAGGAGGCGCGCCUAUGGUGGGGGAGACAAAAUUUGCACCCGAACGCUUGGUCCCACGCGACAAUCAUCGUCGCAUUAAGGUCAAAUUUAAUGCAGAUACAUCAACGUCGCUGCAAUGGUCGUUCCAACCCCAGCAACGCCAAGUCUCAGUAUUGCCGGGGGAGACAGCAUUAGCAUUCUACACAGCCAAGAACAAAUCAAAGGAUGACGUGAUUGGCAUUGCAACCUAUAAUGUAACUCCUUCCAAAGUAGCGCCUCAUUUCAAUAAGAUCCAGUGCUUCUGUUUCGAAGAACAAAAAUUGAUGGCAGGUGAGCAGGUGGAUAUGCCAAUCUUCUUCUUCUUGGAUCCUGAGUUCGCAAAUGAUCCAGAUAUGGCGGAUGUCGAUACUGUAGUCCUGAGCUAUACGUUCUUUAAGGCCAGGGGAAUGCCAUUUGAGAAGCAAGCUG